AUGGGCACGCUGACCCCACAAGACCGCACUCGGCUCAGAGCACGGCAGAUACAACGAUUUCACGCCUCCCACCUCGAGAAAGGACCACACAAGUUUGCUGAGAUCAUCACCACAACAGACUUGGACCUUGCCCGCACCCUCCAGCCAACCUGGAAGCACCUGGGUACGGAUGACUGCGAGUAUCCUGAGAAUUGGGCCUUGAAGAAGGCCUCACUCGAGACUGCACUGAGAUCUUUUCGCAAGAAUGCUGAGCAAAUGAUCGCGGGCCAUGCCCCAAAAGAGGUCGAUGUGGAAGCCGAAGUCAAGGGUCAAGAUCGAGUCGUCGACGCGACAGCUAUUGCUCCCACGAUGGAAGAUCUGCCAUCUCCUCUUCGCACCAACCGCCAGGAGAUGAAGGCUAGCCCGCUGGCCCUCAUACCUACAGAUCAAGGUUACCAGAAUGAUGAGGCUGUCGAAGAUGGCCUUGACAUCCCCGCCGACUCUCAUCUCGACCACAUCAUCUGUGAUGGUUCAUUCAGUCGCAUUUCUCCACGCCCGGCCUUCAUAUCAGGUGGUUUAAACCCCACAACCCAUCAUGAAACUACACCCAAGGCCACCAGAGUCGAAUCUCCGUCUCGAUACAGACAGCACUAUGAACCCGAGUGCAACACUCACCAAUCGACCAUGACCAUGACCAUAACCGUGCUCCAAGCGCGAGUUGAGGCAAAGGAUAAAGAGUUGGACAAGUUGGAUGAUACCGUGAUCAACCUCAGCAAAGAAUGUGCCAACUGGAAACGGAUUGCAGGAGAGAAAGAGAAGGUUGUGCAGGAUACUAUCAAGAAGUUGGACGCCACGCAGAAGAAACUGCGCCAGGCUGAGAAAGAUAGGUUGGUUCUGAUUGACAAAGAAAAUGACCUGGUAGAGAAACUCAAGAACAUGGAACUGGAGUUGGCCAAGACGAAGCAGAUGGGGCAAGGAAGAGAAACCCACAAGAAGCAGCAAGACAAGAAGAGUGACAGCAUUCUCACACCCAGCAACCUCGAGCGUCUCCAAGCUCUGAUGGUCAAGGCUGGUGUUGAGCGGGGCUAA